AUGGCCCCUGCCGAAAACCUGAAGAAGAGAAAAAUCGCAGUUCUUGGUUCUCGUUCAGUUGGCAAAUCGUCUCUGGUUAUCCAAUUCAUAAAUAAUGAAUUCGUCGAAUCAUAUUAUCCCACUAUUGAAGCUACCUUUGCCAAGAGUGUCAAAUACAAAGGCGCAGAAUAUGACUGCGAGGUCAUUGAUACCGCCGGACAGGACGAAUUCUCAAUCUUGAACUCUAAGCAUGCUAUUGGAAUUCAUGGAUAUGUCCUCGUCUACUCUGUCACCUCCAAGGCAUCAUUUGACAUGAUACAAAUCGUAUACGACAAAAUCAUUGCAUUUUGUGGCGUCACAGACAUUCCAUGUGUUGUUGUUGGCUCAAAAGUGGAUUUGGAUUCGAGCAGACAAGUGAGCCCUCAAGACGGCGAGAAGUUGGCUCAAGAAAUAAACGCCGCAUGGGUAGAGACUAGCGCCAAGACCAAUGUUAACGUCGGCAAAGUGUUCGAACUCUGCCUAGCAGAAAUAGAGAAACGAGCUCCACAGACAGGCGAAGCUCCACAGACCAAUCGUUGUGUCGUCAUGUAA